AUGGCUACGACUGCCUCGUACGACGAGCUGCUGGCAUCAGCGACCGAAGUGAAGCAUAAGACGGAGUUCAGAUCGAACGCCGACGAAGCGCUCAAGCUCACCGUGCGACAAGACGUCACCCGCAAGGCCGGGUUCAAGAAACUCGGCCGCUCAGUCCUCGUGUUCGACUUCCAGCCCGCCGGCGCCAUCACCUCCACGAACAGUCCCAACAACGUGAUGGACGCGCCGGCACACGAAUCAUCCACAGUGAUGGCUGAAGGUGCAUUGCGAGCAGCAGCGGUAGACACCGCUGGAAGAGCGGGAGGAGACUGGAGUGCGAGAGCAGGGCCAGGAGAGGGAGAAGAAGGAAGCGGGGAAAGCACCGGUGUCACGAGCGCGUCUUCCGUCUGCGUGGUUUUCGUUCACAACAGGUACAACGGGGCUAAGCAGCUCUACGUCAACCGAGCGCUGGCGUACAGCGUCAAGAAGGAGUGCACCGACGGGAACCUGAACUCCUGGGUCAUUCCGCUGCCGUUCGGGCGGGCCGUGCUCAGGCUCACGAGCAAGCUGUUCGCCUCGAGCGGCUUCGAGUAUGUCAUGACCCUCGACAACCAUGACCGCGGCGGCGGCGGUGGUGGUCGUGGUGGUCGUGGUACCGUUUUGUACAAGAGCACCCAAUAG